GACACCAUGAAGCCUUUGUGUGUCGCUGCUGUUGUUGUGCUGAGUCUCACCUCAGUGUGCCAGGCUGCGUCGCUGGCUUGUGAGAAGAUGCUCAAGCCAGUGGACAAAGGUCCCGAUAUCCGUGGGAUUUGGUACUUAAUAGCCAUUUCCUCGGAAGAGUGUUGGGUUUCAACAUUAUUUAAUUCUGUUCUUUGGCCAAGUGUGGAAAUGAACAUUACCUCUAAAGACACGUCGAAGAUCCAUAGUGCCGAAUUCAAGUUUAAAAUUUAUGGAUAUUGCCAUAUUGAAAGAGAACAUUAUUUAUAUGAGAACAACACCUUGUCUGAUGUCAACAUCAACACAGAUGAAGCGGAGGGUGAACCAGAUGUGCUGCUGCAGAGUGGCUGUCCUGACUGCAUCGUUAUAAAGGAGAGGAACAACGUAGUAUUCCUCAUCAGUAGGAGAAAGACUGUGACUGAUGCUGAGCUGAAGGAGUUUGAGUCCCAGGUGGCGUGUCUCGGCUGGUCCAAGCCAGAAGUCACAAACUCAGAUUACGAUUAUGAAAACUGCCUGUCAUUUGAUGACGACGGGGAUACUUCUGGAUUAUCAUCCUUGAUCUUGAAAAGACUGCGAAACACAUAUAUAGAGGCAUUCAAGUGUUUCAUGGUGACUCUUUUUUCUCAACCCGGCACCAUGUUUGCGUUGGCUAAGGAAACUUGGUCUGAUAUGUGGUGAAGUGAAUGUGUUUUACUAUAACUAUUCAAAACUCUUUUUCUUUGAUUUAGAAUUUUAGUGUUUCUCCACAGUGCUUUUCACCGCAAAGACAGUAUAUUCUCUCUUCUAGACGAUUCAGUAUCAUCAUUAAUAACUGAUAUAUUAAUGAACAAGGUUCUUUCAAUAUUACAUUGAUUUUCUUUUCUUUCCUUUUCCAUUUUCAAUGAAGCCAGGAUUUGUACUGUGUACUGCUGCAGAACACUGUGCAGCAACUCCUGCUCACAGAUCUGAAACACAUUUAUAGACUUCCCAUUGUCGUGAAAAGACUAAAUGUUUCUCUGAUUCACAUCAAAUAAUAUAAGAUGAGUCUACAAAUGAACUUGACGAAGAUGGGGUUAUUUGCAUUUGUCCGAAAGGGUUUUGUGUGUAAAAUAUUUUUAAUGAUUAAUCCAAAUGAAAGAUUACCCCCUUGCAUUCAAAAUUGUUUUGAGUGAUCGGAUUGCAAUUAAAUAGUUCUUGACAACCUGAAAGUACAGGUGUAAUAUCGGCUCAAAGCAUGGCACACUGCUGGUUAGUGUGAUUUCUUUUGCUAAACAACAAUGUAUGCCCAAUGAUAAUUAUUCAAAAACGAUUAUGUGCUUCAGCGAUGUCACCUCAUGUUUCCUGGUAAGAUGCUUGCUUGUGACAGUUUGAUUCUGGACCAAACAAAUUAGGCAUUACUAUCAGGAGGACAUUUUUACAUGCCACAGUAUAAAGUAAAUAAUGAACGACUAACUCAGGUUUUUGGGUCCAUCUAUUGUGAAUGCUGUCGUCUUACUGUUUUGAUUUAUGGGACACUUGAAUAGAGCAGAUUCGUUGUUACUGUUAAUGAACCUUUUCUAUUAUAACAAGUCAAAGUCUCCCUUGUGUAAAAGCCUUGUUUGGAUGAAGAAUGUGAAAAAGCAACAAUCUGCUCUCUCAUUACCACCACAGAGACUGCAACUUGUCAGCAGAUCAUACUGGUUGUACUGGGCAGCAGUCCAUCACCAUGACCCUGUUUCACACAUACAGUAAAUCACCUCCCACAUGUCAGAUUUCUCCAGCAAUUGAAAUGGAAUAAAUUAAUCAAAGUGAAAUGAAAUGAAAUCAAGUCGGAUUGUUUCUUUUCAGUGAUCGGCCAACUCCUUCAUGUUGGCCGAUCACUGAAAAGAAACACCACUAUACCUUGGAUGCCACCCACCUCAACUAGGACUUGAUUAACCUGGUAGGGGAGCACAGCGAAUAGGCCCUUAUCAAUGUUCAAUUAAAUGAACAUAAAACAGCUGACACAACAUAAUAAUAGUGGCCCGAGAUUUCUGGGGUGCAGAGUCCUGUCUAGUUGUCAGAGGUGGACGAAAUAUUCAGAUAUUUUAUAAAGUACAAAGGUACUGGCAUAUCAUUAUAGUUUAACUAAUAUAUGUAUGCAGAAUGGCUAAUUUUAAUCAUAUUACUGGAUUAAUAUUCAUAUAAUAUUGCAUUAAUAUGUACAUCGCUUACACUUUGCAUGUAAAGGUGGAGCUUUAUUAUAACCCAUAACAAUAUAUCAUAAUUAUUCGUUAAUUUUUUGUAUUUAAGUAACUAAAGCUGUCAGUUUAAUGUAAAAUACAAUAUAUGCUUCCAAA